UUUUUUCCGCUUGAUCGGCAGAAUCGUGGAAUUGAGGGGCAAAGAACAAAAUGAAGGCAACGGCAGGCUCGAACCGCGCCCUAGCCCUGCACCCACAGUUUUCCCGCCAAAGCAGCAUCUUCUUCCAAUCGCGGCGGCGUAUCUGCUUCACGAACUUCAAUUGUUUCAGAAAUCAACCCUGUACGAUUUCUGAUUUCUCCGUGCUGAGAAUGGGAUUGUUCAGUUAUGGAGUUUGUGUACGGCCGCCUGGUUGUGUGGUCGCCGCCGUAGCCGGAGGAAGGAAUGAGGAGCCUUACGAGUCCAUUCCGUACCUGGACGAACAAGAUGUAGUCACCAUUCUAGAUCCUCCCAAGGAGCUCAUACCAUUAAACCCCGCUUCUUAUAAUCCUGCUGCGUAUCUUUGGAAAAAAAUUGAAGCUAUUCCUGAGGAACGACGUCAUAGACUUUUGCAACUCCUAAGCCCUAGGUGUAUAUCAAGGGCCUGGGGGAUAGCUGGCACACGAUAUGAGGAUCCAAAGCUGGUUAAGAAAACUGCUUCUGGUUUGCUGCAAAAUGGAGAUGGUAUGGUGCUUGAAUAUUAUAACUGCAUAAAAAGUGGAGGUCAAAUACCUAUUGGUUGGAUUAAUCAUUUCAAGAAGGCAUUAUUUUCUUGCAAGGAUGGAAAGACUUAUGGGCGAUUUAUUGGAAUUUCCUUGUUGGCUGGAUUAGCAAAUUCCUUUGCUCCAUUGUACUUUGAGGUGAAACAACUUAAGGAAGUAAUGUCAACUGAACAGCCUUGUGACUUGGCAUAUGAAUUUGGGGAUGGGCUUUUUAAUAUUCAUGAAUACCCUGAAGGCUUUCCGACUCCAGUCAAGCAUCCAUAUCCUUUCAACGAUCAGCUUGUAAUGUACGUUCGAUAUCUGGGACCUGGAGUGUUGGUUGGGCAGGCAUGGCAAGAAGGAAAAGCUCUGGAGCAGGUGCCACGUAAAUUGUGUGCGGAAAUCUUGAUGAUCAAAGACUACAGUCCGCGUCCACUCCAAGAAAAGCAAUAGUCAAAUGGUUUAUUCAACUCUUUCUUUUGAGAAAAGUGAAGUACGGUUUAUGUUUGUAAUGCAUUGGCCCAAAAAAAGAAAAAGUGAGAGAAUCCAGUGAUGGCUGUGAAGCAUUAUGUUUUUAUUGAACACACAAGGGAUCCAUUCUACGUGAAAUAUGGAGCUACAGUCAGGUGGCCGAAAGGUCAGGCUCUGAUUUCCUGCCA